GCCAGGGAAAAGGCCCAUCAUCUUUCCAUUGUUAUUAACGGAAGUGAUACUACUCGCUUGCUGAUUGGACAGAAAGAAAUUCUAAGAAAGACUUCACUGAAUAAGAUUACAGCACUUGUCACCAGAAGCCACAGAGUUAAUAGCGAACGCUUGAGUGAAAACUAAAAGACUCAAAGGAAAAUUUCAAAAUGCCACGGUGGUUUCAACUGAAGAUGUUUUGCCCCAUAACAGGAUGCCCGAAUAAUAGUAUUGGAGCUAUCUUUAACUGGGUUUGCGCCAAAGACAAGACUACUAUGUUCAUUAGCGAAGAGGGACGACUCCGCUGCAACUCAACGUAUGACCAGCAUAACGACUUAAUCAUGAACUGGAAGUUUGACUGUGGAGAUCGUACGGGACCUCAUCGAAGCACUCAUUUUCUAUCAGCUGAUUAUGAAGGCUUCAACCACGCGUUAGCGACGGCAAUGUUGCAGUCCGAAUAUUCCAGCGUUGAAUGGGCCAUGACGCUGAUGGCAAAUUUGAAAAAGCAGUACAACAGAAAUUAAACAUCCUCGAGACUGGGAGUGUAGUUUUCGCAUUCCUUUGGUACAAACACUUAUACAUUGUGAGAACAUACAUCCACCAUCAUUGCAUAAAUAGUAUGGUUUAUUUGGGCUGUUUCAGGUAGAACAUCUUGUUUUGCAGUUUGUCACAAUGUCCUUUUAUUGAUAGUAGAACUUCUCUCGGUAGAGUGCGAAUAAAACAUGAAGAAAGCUUUGGAAUACAAAUCGAUAUCUGCUCUGAAUACACCGCAUCGUUGAUUUGAGUUUUAAAUAGACGGUUUUCACGAAAAUAUAGCUAUAGCAAUCUCUAUCUCAU